AUGAAUUUAGAUACUGGCUGGCUUAAAGAUGGUAUGAAACAAUUUGACUCCUCUACGACUCGUGGUAAGCCAUUCGAGUGUAAGAUUGGUGUUGGCCAAGUGAUUAGAGGUGUCCCUCAGCUUAGUCUUGGUCAAAAAGCUAAACUUACGAUCUCUCCUGAUUAUGGUUAUGAAAACGGCUUUGGUGAAAUUAUUCCUCCUAGAUCUACUUUGAUCUUCGAAGUUGAACUCCUUGAAAUCUCUUAA